AUGUUCGCCAUUAAAUCGAAAAUAAUGAUAUGAAAAUUAUUUGUGUUAUUAUAAAUGUCAUUUAAAAUGUUUGUAAACUGCGUUAAGUGUAAUCUGCAGAAGAGAAAGGAUUUAAAAAGUGUUUUGGUGCAUAAACUCAAAGUGCAAUAUUGCUAUAGGUAGAGCAAGACAGCAGCAGUGGAAAAUUUCUAAUUUGUAAAGUGGGUAAUAAAUAAAAAAAAACAUACAUACGAUAAUAUUUACAGCAGUCUUGGGCAUCCGUGACAAAAUUCCACAUUCAUUUCAUCCUUUUGGUACUGGAGAGUGCGUGGCAAUUAAAUCUAGAGCAAUAGUGCGAAGGAAAAAGAGAAAGAAAUAAAAGUAAAGUUAAUUUCCAACAGCCACCAGCGUUGUGAGUGUGGAAUAUCUUUCUUCUCUUGGUUAAAGUUUGCUCCAGAACUGAGGACAGUGCUCCAAAUAAGCUAAAAAUCGAUCACCGAUCUUAAUCAUAUGGGAGGGAUUUACGUCAAUAAUUUGAGACGGAAUAAAAGGCGAUAAUAAUAGCGGCUUCCCAAUCGGUUAAGUUUCUCAAAUGAUAUAUGUACAUACAUCUAACAGAACAGAGAAAGUGAAAUUAAAAUUUAUUUAACAAAGUUAAAAAUUGCUCGAGAAAAUGGUUGCAGUCAAUUCAAGCAUCAAUAAACCUGGUGAAAUAGCAGGUGUCAAGUCUAAAGCAACACUGACAGCCACUGGUAAACCUAAAGAAAAGCGAAGGAAUAAUGAGAAGCGCAAGGAAAAAUCACGCGACGCAGCUCGUUGCCGUCGUUCACGCGAAACGGAAAUUUUCAGUGAGUUAGCCCAGAUUCUACCGCUUCGCAAAGAGGACGUAAACCAAUUGGACAAGGCAUCUGUAAUGCGCAUAGCCAUAGCCUACUUGAAAGUUCGUGAAAUGCUGCAGUUGUUCCCGAAAAUCCAAGAUAUUAUUGGUGAAUUGAAAUCGGACGAUGAUAUUGAUGAAAACUCCAAUAGUGGCAGUCAAAUUUCUGACUCUUCAGCGAAACAAGCUAAUGAAAAGUUCGAUUUUCUCAAAUGCGCCGAGACAAGCCAGUUCAUUAAACAGACCUUAGACGGCUUCCUGCUUGUACUCUCAAAUGAUGGCGACAUUACCUAUGUUUCGGACAACAUCACUGAUUAUUUGGGCUUAGCAAAGAUUGAUCUACUCGGCCAACAAAUCUGGGAAUACAGCCACCAAUGUGAUCAUGCCGAACUCAAAGACGCACUCAACAUAAAGCGCAGUGGUCGUACUGACAAAAUUAAAGAUGAGAAUAUGAUUGAAGAAAGACUAUCUACAGACCAUCGCGACCUUUUCGUGCGCUUUAAAUGUACAUUAACCAGUCGUGGACGCAGCAUUAACAUAAAAAGUGCUUCUUACAAGGUUAUUCACAUUACUGGCCACCUGGUGGUCAACGCAAGUGGUGAUCGUGUGCUGGUCGCUAUCGGAAGACCAAUACCACAUCCAUCCAACAUCGAAAUUCCACUGGGUAGCACAACGUUCUUGACAAAACACUCGUUGGAUAUGAAAUUUACAUAUGUGGAUGAGAAAAUGCAAAAUGUUUUCGGCUACAAAGCCGAAGACCUUCUAGACCAAUCUCUCUUUGCCUGCCAUCAUGGAGGGGACUCUGCCAAGUUAAUGGCAACAUUCAAGACCGUAUUGGGCAAAGGCCAAGGCGAGACUUGCCGUUAUAGAUUCCUGGGUAAAUAUGGUGGUUACUGUUGGAUCGUGACACAAGCCACAAUUGUUUAUGACAAACUAAAACCUCAAAGUGUCGUUUGCGUGAAUUAUGUUAUAAGCGCGUUAUGUGUAAAUUUUUGCAGCAAUCUUGAGAACGACAAUGAGAUUUAUUCAAUUGCACAAUACGAGGCAAGCAAGCUUAAAGUUGGGGAAAGCGACGGCAAAAGCGAUCAAAGUGACGUUAGCGAUCGCUGUUGCAACAACAACAUCAACGAGAAUAUCAGCUGCAACAACAAUAUCAUCAACAUCAACUCAACUGACGACGACAAGUGCAAAUUGAAAGAAUGUACUAAACCAACAAUACUCGAACAAGAACUGCAACUGCAACAGCAACAGCAAGAAGAAACUCAAAAACUACAAAAUAAAACUAGCAAAAUCGAAUUGCAUUCGAUAAAAGCAGCACCCAACUCACCACCAACACUACAAUUGAUCCAAACCACCGACAUCGAUCUAAAAGAAGAUCAUACCAACAACUCCCACAACAGUACCAAUAACUUGUGUGCCACAAUCAAACGCGAACAAUCGUCAGCAAUUGUCGCACAACCGAAUACUACCUCAUUCACCACCACCUCAGCCACCUCAGCCACACCAUCUAAACCGUUUGAUUGCGCAAAUUCACUUUCGUCAUUGCGGCGCAAUCUACAAUCGAAUUGCUUGAUCGACAACGAUCUACAAACUGCGAGCAAUAAAAACUUGCACGCACCAAAAUUGCUCGAAGAGAAACGGCCCAAGUCGGUCACCGCAUCGGUAUUUCGUCCGGCCACACUGGCCGAUUUGAACGCCACGCAGCCGACGUCGUCACCACCGCCGCCGGUGCCAUCGACCACCAGUACAUCGGCGGUGUUUGUGAGUGCAGCAAGCGCUCCGUUGCCACCAUUGAACGCCGCGCCACGCGCCCAAUCGGUGACCGCUUCCGUAUUUACGCCUAUUUCCCAAUUGUGUAAUAAACAGCAACAACACAUUGGUAAAACCAAUUCCAAUAUAACACCAACUACGGUGGCAGCGGCAAUCCCCAGCGGAGGCCAACAGCAGCAGCAGCAACAACAGCUCCAACCACAGUCGCAGACGCAGACACAGACACAGAUACAGUCUCAGCAGCAACAAGAUAUGAAUAAAUUUCUGUCAUUCGGGGAUGAAGCCACCGAGUUAACAAUGCUCAAAGAGGAACCCGAUGACUUGGCACACUUGACACCUGCGGCUGUUGACGCUUGCAUGCGCCUCGAUGAUACCGCUCCAUUUUGCGGCGAGAUGUUGCUGGGCUUGUGCUCUUAUACUUACGGUGGAUUUUUGCCUGAUGACUACAGCUCACUUGAUUCAACUACAAAUUCCUCUUCUCCAGACUCUCCGAAGCACAGCACCAGCAGUGCUAACGGCAACGGCAGCAACAACGGUGCCCUUAACAGCAAUACAAAUAAUAUUGGCAAUAACAAAAGUGGCUUUAGCAGUCCAACGCAUCAGCAGAAUUCUAUAAGCAGCAGUUUGAACGCUGCCGCAUUGCACAAUAGUAACAAUGGCAGCAAUAUUGGCAACCACAAUUGCAACAAACCGGUCGUGCGCGUUGAUCCAUUCAUCAAUUAUCGAGAAGAAUCGAAUGACACAAACUGCUCACAGCAUUUACUCUCGCCCAGUGUGGCUUCGAAGAGUCCCGAAGCGAGCAGCCUGCCAUCAUUGUGCAGUCCCAACUCGCUGAGUCAGGAUGAUGGAUUUGCAUUUAUGACAAUGAGCGUUGAUGAGGAAAUCGACAUGAGCAUGCGCGCUCCAUAUAUACCAAUGAACGAGCAAGAGGAUUUGCCUCUCCUUACUGCCGACGAUCUAAUGUGGUGCGCCAGUAAUGGAUUGGGCAGCGAAGAGUUGAGCAACCAAAAAGAAGUUGAUGCAACGUUGCAGCAACUACAGUUGCAACAGCAACACUCGUGCGAAGGCAAUGCCAACCUGUUGACAAGCUAUAAUGAUGCCCAACAUAUCACUCAAUCACAUUUCAAUUCGUUGUGCUCCUCACCCGCCUCGACCGUCUCGUCGCUUUCGCCAUCCCCGAUGAGUCAGCAACAGCAGCACCGGCAGCAGCAGCACCAACAACAACAGCACCAACAACAACAGCACCAACAACAACAGCAACAGCAACAGGACACGAAUUGUGUUUACAGCACAGACACUAGCGAAUUGGCUGCGCUGUUAUGCGGCUCCGGUAAUGGCACAUUAUCGAUUCUGAAUAAUAGUUGUGGUGGUGGUAGUAGUGGUGUCACCGAAGAUUCCGACGGUGGUUUGCAACCACAGCAGCAGCAAUCGCAUUGUGGUGAUUUUCGUUUGCAGCAACUGCAGCGGGAGUUGGCAGCUGAACAGCAAGGAGAACAACAGCGCCAAAUGCAGUUGCUCGGCUUGACUAUCGAUUGCAAGAAGGAGAAUUCCCUGUCGCCGAACUUGUGUGAUUCCAUUGAGGAUGCAUUUGAUAAUGUCUACAGCAAGGAUUCAACAAAUCUUGACUGCUGGAAUGAGUUGCUGCAAAUUAAUGUUAGUGACACUUCGUCUUCGGCAGCGCCCUCCCCAACAUCUUCGUCAAACUCGCCGCAGAACCAACAGAAACAGCAACAACAACAGCCACCGACGCUGGACGAUUGCAAGCCGCAUUUGCAGCUGGAACAGCAAUUGCCGCCACAACACCAGCAACAGCAACAGCAACAGCAACACAAUAUAAUUUUGAAUGCAGUGCCAUUGAUAACCAUACAAAACAAUAAGAAUAUUUUAUUGCAACAACAACAACAUCAUCUACAUAACGUCAACAAUAAAAUGAUAAUUAACGACGAAAUGUUGCCGGCGAAUCGCGGUGGUAAUAAAAUCACAACAAUUAAAUUGGUGAACGCCCAAGCAACGGCAGCAGCAGCAGCAGGGACGCCGGUAGAUGGAACUCCAUUGACUGCCAGUAUUGGUACGACCACCAUUCGGUUGAUUGAUGGCAAGCACCAGCAGGAGCAACAAUUGCUGCUACAAAGACAACAACAGCAAAUGCGUUUGCCAAAUGCAACAAAGGGCAUAAUAUCACAACAACAACAGAACCAACAGUCGCAUAAAAGACAUUUGGUGAGCAAUUUGAGCAGCACCCAACUGGAAACGAAGCGCAUGAAGAGCACUGGCCCAGGCGCAGCUGUCGGAACUUCAGCAAUAGAGCUGCACUCUGUGCCACAGCUAUUGCAACAACUAGUGGCACCCGUGCAGUCGCAGCAGCUGAAGGAGCAACAACAAAAACAGCAGCAGCAGCAGCUACAAUAUAUACGCAAAUUGAAUGGCGGAAGCGCACGUUGGCCAAUGACCGCCGAUACAAACGCAGCACUAAACGCAACACAGCAGCAGCAACAAUCGAAUUCAGUGCUGAAGAAUUUGCUGAUUAGCGGUUGUGACAAUCCUACUUACGGCAAACAAAGCGAUAUGCUAAUGGAUGAGGAAUCCUUGGACAAAGAACCAUCGCCACCACUUGUUAGACCAUUGCAUUGCCUAACUUCGACGGCCACGGUCCUACGUAAUUAUCGCCACAAUCCAAUGAUUGGUGGUCCAGAUGUUCUACCUUCGCCGCCAUUUGGUCCUACCGGUAAUAAUAACACCAGCGCUGGCAGCGGCAGCGACGACGCGAGCCCACCUGACCUGACACCGGCCGAAACUGAAUCCACUUCGGAUAGCGGCAUUGAUGACAUCAGUCUAGUUGACGCUUCCUCACCGGUGAAGAUAUCGUUGGACAAUCGCAACAGCGCAAUUUCGAAACCGCUGAGUGGUUGCUCAGCAGCCACUAAAGAUAUGCUCUUGAUAAAGUGCUUGAAUAGCAGAGCAGCCAAGAAACGUGGUGCAAUGGACGCACUGGCCAUCGAACCACAAUUUAAGCAACAACAGCCGUUUUAUUCAGUAGACAACUCAAGCAACGAUGGUGGUAGUGAGGACAGCAAUGAUGGUGACAUUAACGAAGCUCCUAAUGGCAAUCGGGGCCGAAAGCGAUUGUUGGACGACAUAAAUCCACUCAUGGAACCGUUUAUAAUGGACUUGUGCAAUGAUGACUACGAUGUGGCGGCUACCGAACAACUCCUAGGAAGCAACGGAAUCGAAGACGUACUCAGCGAUUGGACGCACGAAAUGGCCUAGCUGAAGCAAAACAUGACUAACACCGGACAAAAGAAUCAAACCAAACAAAGGCAAAAACGACAACGGCAAGGGACAUGGAAUUCGCGGACACAAUAGAAAAAAGUCAGAGUUUAUAAAUGGGAUCCAGGGGGAAAAAUAUUACAGGAAGAACGAUUGAAAAGCAGUUGUAAACAGAAAAACAUAUGCAUUUAGAUGUUGGCUGACAAUUUCAUGAUGAUUUCUAAAAUCGAUGCAACGAGAAGUCAGUCUUUCUUCUUAUUGUUAGGGAAUAUGAGAUAAAAUUCAGGAAAAUGCUUUUAUAAAAUAAAUCAAAAAAAAAAAAAAAAAACUCAAGUUUGCGAGAUAAAACUACAGCAGAGGAAAUAGCUGAAUGUAAAGCAAAAAACAAGUUUAUUCAAAUAUAGAAAACGAGUUGUUUUGUGCAUUUAUGCUUACAUACUAAAUGUACAUAUAUGUAUGCACAAUAUUUGGAAUAUUACUUUUAACUCACUCAACAAUAUUGCUUUGGGUAUUAUAAAUGUACGCUUGCACAAGUGAACGCUUCAUUGACGAUUGACGAUGAUAAUGAUUCUUGAAAAAUCGACUUCGCGCCAGCACUAAUUCUUGAUUUAACUACGACGUUCCUAAGCAAAUUUAAUUCGCUGCUAUUUCCAAUAUUCCAUUUAGUUUUUCAGCGAUUUAUUUUGUCAAUCAUCUUGAGUCGAUUCAUUAGUGCAUGCAGGACUUGCAUUAUUGCAUUUUUAGUAAAAGAUUUUUUAUUUUUGUAUUCUUUAUUCAUGUCUUAAUUGGGAUGUAAACAUGGUAUCGCGUUUUUGUGUAUUAUUUAGUUACAACAGGUCACACGCAGCUGUAAUAUUUGCACUUUUAUCCGAAUUAAAAAAAUAUCCCACAUAAACAUGCAAUAAAUACAUACAUACAGCCAUACAUAUGUUGCGAAGGGUCAGAAAAAAAUUCAAAAACAGCAAAUACAAAGAAGCAAAUGCAUGUAAACACAUUUUAGUUUUAAAUUUUUACUGCCCAAAACAGAAGUCAGUAAUAAUUGUGGGUUUAAUUGUAUAGCACUAAAUUUUACAUGCAACUCUGUUAGCACUCAGUUAAAAAAUGGGGGAAAAAAGUAAAAAAAAAA